AUGCAGCAUGAGAGCCGCCUCAGCAGAGGAGUAAAAAGCACCUUUCCAGUCACAUUAGAGCAGCAAAAUCCCUUCGCAAGCUGCACAUCUCUCCUCGCCAAAGGGGAUCGGUCCGUCCUGCGGGUCCCUGUCACCCGCCCUCGCUGUCCGGUCCGCUCUCCGGGCAGGGAGCCGGGCGAAGCCGCUGCGCUGCCGGGCCCGGCCCUGCCCGCCGGCCGCCCCGCGCCCUCGCACCCGCCGCCGGCCGAGCCCCCUCCCCGCCCGGGCCGCCCCCCCAGCCAGCCCCGGCGCGCCCCAGGCCCCCGCUCCGCUGGGAACCCGCAAGCGACCCCCCAGGGGCUGCUGCCCGCUCCCGCCCGGGGACCGCUCCGCCACGGGCCGGCUGCCGGCAGAGCCCCGCGGCGACAGCCCGGAGCGGCCGCGCCGCACAACCGGCCACGGGGCCGAGCGGCCCCGCGCACCCCGGAGCCAGAGCCCCGGGAGGAUAAAGCAGCGCCCGGCCGGCCCCGCUCCCCGGAGCGGCGGGCCGCCGCCUCUGCCGCUCCCGCAGUGACCUUGCGGAAGGGCUCGCCGUACCGAGCAUCACCUCAGCGCCCGGCCGGGCGGCUGCGGCAGAGCCAGAGGCGGGCGGGGGGGCCCCGCCGCCAGCUGUCCGGGUGCGGAUCACCUCCGGCAGCGCCGGCCGGCCGGGCUCCGCGCUCCCCUGCCCGACCCACGCGUAGCGGCGCUGCGGCCGCCUCCCCGCUCCGGACACGCGGGCGCACGCACCGCGCCCCCCGCACGGACACCCGCACGGCCGCGCGCCCCGCUCACCUGCCCCGCGCCGCCACCGCCCCCCCGCGCCGCUCUGCGCCGCACGGCCAGUUCCGCAUCGAGCGCCAGGAGCGGGACGCGCCACGGCCGCCCGCAGGGAGGGAGGAGCGGAGCGAACCACUCGCACGGACGGCGGGGGGACCACCCCACCGGCCUCCCGCAGGGGGGCGCUGCAGUGCACGCAGACGCGGGAGGGCGCGGAGCGCAGGCCUGCCCGGCCUCUGCCGCCGUCACGGGGCCCGCCGCCCCGCCUCAGGUGUUCCCGGGCACGGCGGGGGGCAGCCGGCCGGCUGA